GCAUUGAAGAACUAAAGAAAAAUAAGAAAAAGAACGAGAGUUAUCGAAUACGUUGAAACUUCAUCGAACUUUUGACGGAUUUGUAUACACUAUAUCCUUUUCCGGUACAAAAUUGAAUAGUCGAGUACCAUAUGUUUCGAGCGAACUGACUCACGCACAUUACCCUAUCCCAAAUUUAUUGGAUGGGACGUGUUGCCACCGAAUUACCCGUAUGUCAUUCAAUAUGAAAGCGGCAUGAAACAAGUGUCCAUCUUAAUCCUAACGAUCAGCCUCUCGCAAGAGUUUAUUCGGUGUUCAACCUUUGUAGCGAUACCGUGUUAUUUUUUUCUACGUUUCUAUCAUGUAAAUUCGCUUUAAGUGCCUUAUAGUUUUCGUUCCUCUGCUAAACUCGUGAAUUUUAAGCAAUUCAAUCCCAGUGAAUGUUUUAUAAAGAAGGAAAGAAGGAAGGAAGGAAAGAUAUACAUAUAUAUACAUAUAUAUAUAUAUAUAUAUAUAUAUAUAUAUAAACGGAAAAGAGUCGAUUGGAAAUACGAGAUAAAGUUCAGUCUACAAACGAAAUUUACGGAGAUAAAUCUCUGGAAAAUUGUAGAAAAUGAAGACAAUAUCGACAGUGAUGAGUAGUUGCGCGCUAUUACUGAUAACAGCUGCAAGUAAUAUUAGCGAACAAUGCAAGAUUCAUGAAAUGACGACAGUCGAUUGCCAUUGCAUUGGAAAUGAGGAAUUUUUCCUGCCAGAAGGAUACAACUAUGAAAAUGUGACGACUAUACAAAUCGCGUCCUGCAACAUUGCGAAUCUUCAUUUUUCCAGUUUAACGGAAGCGAGUCAAAUUACGGAAAUUAUUGUGCAAAAUAUUAGUGAACGUUUGAUCUUUGAAUUAUUUUUAACAUCAAAAAGAUUGAAACGACUCAAAUUGUCGAGAAUUGGGCGAAUACCAUUAAUUAGUCGUGACACUUUCGUCAGGCUUAAAAGCAUUGAAACGCUUCGUAUCGAAGAUACACGGAUUAAUAAUUUCGCGGAACGAUUUACCGACAUAGCGAUAACCAAUUUUUCGAUGAUCAAUGUUACGAUCGAACGUAUCGAUCAGCUUAGUUUCUCGGCAAAGGGUGAAACUCUACACAUUAAAAAUAGUGAAUUUCAAAAUGUUACAGGUUCGUUGAAUUUCGCUUACUUCUCAACCGUAGAGAUUCUUCAUUCCAAGUUUCAAUUGAAUAAACCGGGUUAUAUAUUGAUUGAAGGUAAUAUCGUCUAUAUCGAGAACUGUGUUUUUUCCAAUUCGAGCGCAAACGUAGUUGCGGCGGAAAGCAUUAGGAUAAAUGAUACUUGCGCAGAUGGGAAAAGCUCUAUGAGAGUCUCAUCGAAUAAUAUUAAAAGCGUAAACAAUCGAUUGCCUACCGAAAUCAUUUAUACCAAGAAUAAAGACGAAUCAGAACAUUUUUUCAGUCGAAAUAAUACAGUGUGUAUUGCCGGAAAUUGCAAAUGUCCGAAAAGCAGUGGUCAGAGUGCGCAGUUAGUAAGCCUAUUUCUGGUAUAUACUUUCCAAUUUUUCUUACCAAUCGUUAUUCUGCUAUCGAUACUGCCUUAAUUUCGUUUGGAACAAGAAAUGCCUUAUCUUUUUCUUUGUUUCUGAAAUAUUCAAAUCAUGGAAUCCUAUUAUUCGAUGAAAUUAUUCUCUAUCGUUUUGUCUCUUAUGACAUAUGUUUUCUUUUAAAUAAAGUACAAUUUCAUCCCUGAA